AUGGAUGACGAAGAAAUUUGCUCGUCUAAGCGAUCAUCUAAAAAAUCUAAUAAGAUGGAAAACACCCCAAAGCCAAAUAAUGGAAGCAAAGUGAAAUUGAAAGUGGUCAAAAAGAAAGUCAAUAUCAGACGUCCAAAUGGGCUUAAUCGAUCAAACAGCAGUUUUAAUAGCAGCUUAAAUGCUUCAAUGAGAAUAAAGCAAACGCUGACAACCAACAACCGAGCGCUUGCACAGGCUCUUCAGAUAACAAAGCAGGACUUGGCUUUGGCCACUGACCUGAUAGCAGGCCUGAAAAAAGAAAACAAAGACUUGAUGAUGGAAAAAGCAGAAACGAACCACAUUAUUUCUCAAGGCAUUGAUGGUCAAGUAAAUGAAAAAUUAAAGCCUUUAUUGUUGAUGUUCAGGGUAAAAAUUCGUGAGGUGAGCAAUCGGUUGGUGGAUGUUGCUUUAGCAAUGAAAGAUCUCUCUUCAGCUGUCUCUUCACAGCUUGGUAGCAUUUCCAAUACCAACUCACGGGUAAAUUCUCUGGAAAACUACCAGGAGUUGCCCACUUUUGAAUCAACUAAAACGCCAACAAAGGAGACGUUUGUCUCCCCUAGACGAAGGAUCAAUGCUCAAACUUUUAAUGAUCUGAGCCUUAUUGCAGAAUCUUCUUUCUUGAAUUUGGAGCAGGUCCAAAACUCCAUUGAUGUCUUGGACAUGGUACUAGAAAAUGAGUCUGAAAAAAGCAAGGAUGCAAGUGAUAUAAAACCCGCAAGCACUAACAAACCUCCUCAGAGAGUUCCUGUUGAAACAAGACGUUCUAGAUCAAGACGAGGAAGCAUGAGCCGGCGACAAUCAAUGGACGAAAUUGACUUUGGCUCCAAUGUUGUCAAGACUCGCAAAUCUAGACGCUCUUCAUUCUUUGUCCCUACAACAGGUCUUGAAAUGGCUCUGCGUCCAAGUCUUGGAAGUGCUAUGAAAGAUGAUGAAAAUGAUAGUAAUCCUGAGAACCAAGACCACGACAAUAAUAAAGUGGAGACUGAACAGUUACCUAGUCCUGUUGUACCAGAAGAUGAUACUACCAUUUUGUUAACCGACCCACCUGUCACUACAGCUGCCAUGGAAAUAAAUGAAGUGUGCCCUGACAUAAACGAAGAUCUUCAACCUGAGUUACUGGCAACAACACAGCUCAACAGUCCAGCACAGAUUUCACAAAGCCCUGCCCAACAGCAACAGCAGCAGGAAGAUCCUGUUCCUGUUGUGCCUGAUGUCUCCCUGGUCACCACCAAAACUGCACCCCCAACCCCGGCUGAAGAAAUUAACUACACAGUUGUUAAUGAGGUUGACAUGGAGUUAACUGAAGUCAUUAAUUCAUCUGUCCAACUCAAUGUUGAAGCUAUUUCAUCUGAGCCUGAUGUUCAAAGUGCCAAAAAGACAGAAGACCCCAUUUCUGCUGAGCCUGAGGAUACUAAAAGUAGCAGCCAAAAUGAAGAGCCUGUCUUUGUUCAGCCUUUCAAGGUACCUAAAAAGAAAAAAGAAGGGAAAAAACAAAUGAAAAAUACCAAAGAAAAGCCUAAGGAAACUUCAGUAGAGGAUGAGAGCAAAACUGUGGUGGAACUGAGAUUGCCAAAACCAGGCAAGAUUAUCUUUUCCGCCAUGAGAAAGAACAUUGCUGGUGUUCGUCCUUCUCCCCCAAAAUCAAGAUCCAAGAAAAAACUUGCUGAGAUGAAGAAGGAUGAACUGACUGCCGAGCCAAAGAAUCUGUUUGACUUUCAUGACAAAACCCCUCAGAUGUUUGCUAAGAAACCUGAAUCUGCAGAGACUGGCAUAUAUGAUGUUUCUCUGAAUGAUUCAGUGUAUGGAACGUGUCAAAGUCUGGGCGAGUAUCGUGAGAGGGUAGCCAUGACUAAGAGAUUUAGUUCUGCGAACACCAAUGAGCUUCCUUCAAGUUCUACUUCCUCUACAGAUGUUGCCCAAACUGAAGUUGGUGAAGGAAAAACAGAGGCAGCUCUUGAAAUACUACCAGAUGCAGGUAUAAAGCCUGUUGAAGAGAAGAAAAAGCGAACCAGAUCUAAGAAAGCAGCCGAUGGUAAUGAGAAAAAAAAGCGUUGUAGGUCCAAGAAGAGGGUUGACAACAGUGACAGUGACAGCGAUGGAGAUAAAACAUAUGUGAAGCUUUAUGAGAAAACUGUAAAAUCUGGUGAUAGUGAUGUUCCUGAGAGGGAGACCACUCGCAGAGCAAGGUCAAAGGUGAUCAGUUACAAAGAAGAGGAAAGUGAUUUUGAUCUGACAUUGGUUGAGAAGAAAACCCCAAUUAUUUUGAAAAAUCCAGAAGAGAAACAAAAAGUAGUUGCUAAAGAGAAAGAGGUUGAAAAAGAAAUUGCUCCAAAUGUUGAAGACUUUGAAUCUAAAAAUGUGACAAAGAAAGAAACUGGACGCAAAAGCCUGAAGGGAACAGGUGAGAAACGAACACGAUCUCGCAAAAAGUCUGCUGCUGAGAUUAAAACUAAAGACCAUUCGGAUGAUCCUGUGUUGGAAAGAGCAGAAACCUUAUCCCCAGAAAAAUCUGACAAGGUGUCUAAAGGUACAACCCUAACAGAAUUACAGGACCUCAUCAGCCGAUUAGAUAAACUGCAGAAGAAGCGUUCUCACUCUCAACCUCGAUCUGGGACUAAGCCUGAAGAUGAAGCACAGAAUCCUGCCGAAGUGGUAUCAAAACCCAAAUCUACUAGUGGGGAUAUAUUUCAACGUUACAAAGAAGCCCUUGGUUUGAGCAAUGACCCCAAUCACAAAGAUGAAUUAAAGAACAAAGAAUGUGCCAAGUCAAGAUCUCGACCAGCACGUAACGAGAACUCAGAUAAAACAACUGUCCAGAACCAGUAUGGAAGGUCUCGUUCUUUACGUGUUCAGAAAUCUUCUAACUGCAUGGAUGACAAGGUGGAAUCCACACCUGAAAAGAAAAGAUCUCGAUCGGUUUCCAAGAGGGAAAAAAAGGCAGUUGAACGUUUUUCCCCAUCCUCUCCUUUGAAGAAACGAGAAGAAUCUCCAGAAGUUGGGAGAAAGAGCAAAAAUGAAAGAGGGAGGUCAAAAUCCCGGGCAAGGUCUAAAGGCAAAAUUCUUGUGACAGCUUCUUUGUCUACUGAGAAUAAUCCUGAUGAAUCUCCUAACAUUCUCCAGCGAAAAAUUAGGAAGGAAAGAGGACGGUCAAGGUCCAAGGCAGCAGUUGCAGAUGCUGCUGUUAUAGAUAAUAUUAGUGAUGAUGUGGAGACGACCAAAUCUGAAGCGAACUUGAACCGUCGGAGGACAGUUAGAUCUCGUUCUACAGCAGGCAGAGAACUUUUAUCAAAGUUGAAAGAUUCAAAUGCAGAGAAUGAAAAUAAGGAUCCCAAAGAUUCAAAUGUACAGAAUGUUGAUAUGGAUGCCACUCGAAAAUCUACCGAGUCAGAUGUCCCAGAAUCCUUACUUAAAAAGCCCAAAUCAUCCUUUGGUAAUAGCAAUCAGACUUCUGAGACUCUGAAAACAUCAGCCAAUGUUCAAAUCAAAGCCACAACUGUGUCCCCUAAAAGAUCUUUGGAAAACAGCCAUGGCAAACGCUCAUCUGAAUACACCAAUGAUGAAAAUCAAGAUUUAAAGCGUCCACGCCGUGCAACAAAAACAAUGUCAUAUAAGGAACCUUCAAUUAUGAAGAAACUACGACAAGGCGAUACACUAUUUGCUGGAGUUCAAGUCGGAAAGAUCAGCCCAAGCCAUGGCAAUCUGUUCAAGAUCGUUGACGGAGAAUUCCAGAAGCGCGGCAUUUUACAAAAUGUUACCAAUAUUAAUUGCUGA